CUAGUCUACUUCUUCUGCUCUGCUCCGACACACUGCAUCGCUUUCGAAAGAGAAAUCUGGACGAGAUCAACUACGCACCGCACUCACAAUGCCUCUAUCAGAAAACCCGCAGAUUCUAGAGACGGCUGAAGGCCUCGUGGGCGCCUUGCGCGGCGCUGCUGGCGGUGCUCCACAAAGUUUUAGGCCUGCCCACGCGAAAGGUCACCUCCUAACCGGCACCUUCACACCCACCCCCACCGCAUCCACCCUCUCCAAAGCGCCACACUUCACCGCCCCCUCAACCCCCCUAACCAUCCGCUUCUCCUCCUCCACCGGGCUCCCCACAAUCCCAGACACCUCACCCACCGCCAACCCCCGCGGCAUCGCCAUCCGCUUCCACCUGCCCUCUACCGCCGACGGCCGGCGCCACCACACCGACAUCAUCGCGCACAGCACGCGCUACUUCCCGACGCGCACAGGCGCCGAGUUCCUCGAGUUCCUCCAAGCGGCCGGGGGCCCCAACGCCGCGGAGGCGGUGCCCGAGUUCCUGGGCCGCCACCCGGAGACGGUGCGGUUCCUGCAGGAGCCGAAGCCGAGCCCUGCGAGCUUUGGCACGGAGACGUAUUUCGGCGUGAAUGCGUUUAAGUUCUUGAGUGCGGAGGGCAGGGAGACGUAUGUGCGGUACCGCGUUGUGCCUGAUGCGGGGCUGCAGACGCUCGGCGCGGACGAGCUCGCGUCGAAAUCGGCGAAUUAUCUGUUUGAGGAGCUGCCGACGCGGCUGGCUGCUGGGCCGGUUACGUUUAAGCUGCAGGCGCAGGUCGCUGAGGCGGGCGAUGUGACGGAUGACGCGCAGGAGAUCUGGCCGGAGGAGAGGCGGGUUGUGGAGCUGGGGGAGAUUAAAGUCGAGAAGACGAUGAGUGAUGAGGAGAGCUUGAAGAAGCAGAAGGAUAUUAUUUUUGAUCCAAUUCCGCGGGUGGAGGGCGUGGAUGUUAGUGCGGAUCCGUUGUUGGAUGUGCGGGCGAGCGUGUAUUUGAUUUCUGGGAGGCAGAGGAGGGCGGCUGAGGUUGCUGCUGCUUGAGAGGGAGUAUGAGAUGUACUGACGUGAAAAUGUUGCUGGCGAGGAAGGGUUUGAAUUGUGGUGGUGUGGGAUAAUCG